AUGCAGUCAGAAGAUGCCAGAUUUCUUAAAAGAAAGGUCAAAGGAGGACAAAUUGAAGUCCAUCCAACCGAGAACGCUUUACUAGUAACUUAUGAAGUGGAAGCUACUAUCUUAGGUGAUUUAGGUGAUCCGAUGCUUGGUGAGAAAAAAGAAUGUAAAAAAGUGAUUCGAGUUAAAAGUCUUAAUAAAGAUACAAAGAUAUCAAAGUUAGCAAAGGAAUUAGUCGACAAAUGCAAGCUAAUUCAUCCUUCUAGAUUGGCAGAAGUUGAGCAACUUCUUUAUUAUUUACAAAAUAGAAAGCUAUCAGAAAAAGGUAAUAAGUUGGAAAAAGAGUAUAAGCUAGAAUCGAAGCCGAAAGAUCCCUUUGCAGAUACAGAAAAUGGCAAACAGGCUAAUAUUAAUGAUAUCGAUGAGUACAUAGAAAUGUUAUAUGAAGAGCUUCCCGAAAAAAUUUAUGGUACCGGAAUGAUAUUGCAAUUAUCAAGAUAUCCAGAUAACCUGGAAGAAUUAGUUCAAAAUGAAACUCUACUUGGAGCAUUGUCUCGCAUACUACGGGAAGACUGGAAAAAGAGCACGGAAGUUGCUACCAACAUUAUUUACAUCUUUUUCUGUUUAUCAACGUUUAGCCAGUUUCAUAACAUCGUAGCUCACUAUAAAAUUGGUGCACUCAGCAUGACAAUUACUGAUUAUGAAAUUAAACGAUAUCAAACUUGGGCUGAAGAAUUAAAUAAGAAAAAAGCAUUGGAUAUCCUUUUAGAUUUUGAAAAAAGCUAUAAAAAAUUUCGAAAUUUGGUCGACAAACAGAAUCAGCUCUUGCGAGUUUCUCUGUAUCUAUUGUUAAAUUUAUCAGAAGACAUCAGAGUUGAAGUAAAGAUGAAGAAUAAGGAAAUUAUUCCAAUGUUAAUAACACUAUUAGGAAGGGACAAUCAAGAGUUACUGAUAUUAACUGUUUCAUUCCUAAAGAAAUUGAGCAUUUUUACAGAAAAUAUUUCGGAAAUGAUCGAUCUUAACAUUGUUAAAAAGCUGGUAUUGAUCCUUAAUAUACCAAACGAGGGCCUGACCAACGUUACAUUGCGCUAUCUUCUCAAUCUGUCAUUUGAUAAUAAAUUAAGAGCGCAAAUGGUUAAGGUCGGAAUAGUACCAAAGUUAAUAAACAUAUUAGAUAACAGCAAACAUGCGACGGUUGCCAUUUGCAUUUUGUAUCACAUAAGCAUUAAUGAUAAAUAUAAAGCCAUUUUUAUACAAUCGAAAUGUAUACCUAAGUUGAUGCAAUUAAUUCUUGAAAGCCCUUCUGGUGUUAUCGAUAUCGAAGUAGCUGCUCUCAUAAUUAAUUUAGUCGCAAAUAAGCGCAAUGCCGAUUUAAUUUGCGAUGGUGGAGGAUUAAAAUUGUUAAUGAAGAGAGCGAUUAAAUUUAAAGAUCCUUUACUAUUAAAGAUGUUACGAAAUGUGUCUCAACAUAAAUCGUUGCAAAAGCAAUUUGUGAACUACUUAUCAGAAAUGGGUAAUAUCGUUGGAAACGAAAGCAAUGAAGACGUAGUUAUAGAGGCAUUAGGAAUAAUUGCCAAUAUUUCCUUUCCCAAUCUAAAUUAUUAUCGUUUAUUUACCCAGUAUAAUUUGGAUAAAGUCUUAAUGAAAAAUCUUCAGCUCGUAGGUGCAGGUGAAGAUGAUCUAUUACUUGUCACCGUUAUGGUAACAGCGACGCUGAGUCAGAGCAAAGAAUGUGCUACUGCAUUGGCUAGUCAAGGCGUUGUCGACUCUCUAAUUAAUUUAUUAAAUGCUAAGCAAGAAGAUGACGAAAUUGUACUGCAAGUCAUGUACGUCUUCUAUCAGCUACUAUUUCAUGAUACUACGAGAGACAUAACCAUUCAGCAGUCUCAAGCGACAGCAUACUUUGUAGACCUAAUGCACGACAAGAACAAAGAGAUUAGAACAAUAUGCGAAGGCGCACUAGAUGUUAUAAUGGAUUAUGAUUUAGAAUGGGCGAAAAAAAUUCGUAAUGAACGUUUCCGUUGGCAUAAUUCCCAAUGGCUUGACAUGAUUGAAAAUCGAGAUCAGUCUGUUAACAGUAACGAUGCAGGCAUAUUUGAAGAUGAUGAAGAAUAUCAAGCAGACAUAUUAGAUCGGCCGGAAUUAUUUUAUGGAGAUAUUCCGUAUGAUGCAGGUAUAAGUGAUCAGUAUCAUUUAUUGAGCCAUCACCAUAAUAUUACGUAG